UGCCAAAAGAUGCUAGAACUAUCCUUAAGACUGACACUCGCUACACUGUUCAGAACAAGGUUGGUGGGCAGUAUCAUUAUUUUGGCAUAUUUUCUUCCAUCAAGAGGACACUGUCUCAGAUCAUUGACUCUGUUACUGAUUGUUUUACAUUGAAGUUACAGAUAAAUAUAGAUGGGUUACCUUUGUUCAAGAGCUCAGGUGUUCAAAUUUGGCCUAUAUUGGGACUGUUGGUCAGCGUUCCAAUGAAAGAGCCUGUUGUAAUUGCUUUAUUUUGUGGGAUGAACAAACCAAAUUCAGCUAAUGAAUUCUUAAAAGAUUUUGUUGUUGAACUUCAGCAACUGGAGAAAGGCUUUGAUUUUAAUGGGAAACGGCUUUUUCUGAAGGUCGACUCUGUAAUAUGUGAUGCGCCUGCCAGAGCAUUUGUAAAGUGCAUAAAGCCACACAAUGGAUAUUAUGGCUGUGAUAAAUGUGUCCAGCGAGGACAGUAUGUAAACAGACGCAUGACAUUUCCAUCUAACAAUAGCAUGCUUAGGACUGAUGAGUCCUUUGCAUGUGAGGCAUAUGAAGACCAUCAAAAUGGGCCAAGUCCUUUUCAUGGUUCAAAUAUUGGUAUGGUGACACAAUUUCCCCUUGAUUAUAUGCACUUGGUUUGUUUGGGUGUUGUCCGGAAGUUGUUGCUUAUGUGGCUCAGAGGUCCUCUUACUGUUCGUCUAUCUGCUAAUGUUGUUAAUCGAAUGUCUGAACACAUGAAAAAACUGCGGCCUGACAUUCCCAUAGAAUUUGCUCGUAAACCAAGAUCAUUUCGAGAAAUAGACAGGUGGAAGGCCACUGAAUUUAGGCAAUUUCUAUUGUAUACUGGCCCUGUCAUAUUGUCUUUGUAUUUGGAGAGUACUACAAUGUAUAACAACUUUAUGUUGCUCUUUUCUGCCAUUUCAAUUUUGAUCAAUCCAGACCUUGCAUUAUCCUACUGUCAGUAUGCGCAGACAUUACUUGAAACAUUUGUGAAACAUUUUGGUGAGAUAUAUGGCAACGAAAAUAUUGUUUAUAAUGUGCAUGGUUUAAUUCACCUACCCCUGGAUGUACAACAGUUUGGUAGUCUAGAUCGCAUUUCAGCAUUUCCUUUUGAAAAUCACCUCCGGAAGAUGAAGAAGCUUGUCCGCAAACCAGAGCGUCCUAUUGCUCAGAUCAUACGAAGAUUGUCGGAAAAACGUUUUGCUGGGACCUGUACGCCACCUGAUCAAGAUUCUGGUUUAGCAUUGGGUUCUUUAAAAAAACAACACUUUGAUGGACCAGUUCCUGAUGGGCUUGAUGUUCAAGGACAGUACGGUCAGUUAGACACUGAUCAGUGGACAAUGAAAGUCUCAAGAGGAAACAACAUCUUUUUGAUUGGAGACGAUAUUUGUGUGAUAGACAACAUUGUUGAGUGCAUCAGUGGAAUAUAUGUUGUAUACAGAGUCUUUUCUGAUAAAAAGGAUUUUUUUACAUACCCAUUCAGUUCUGACUUGCUGAAUAUAUACUCUGUGAGUCAAGCAUUAGGUACAAUCAAAUAUGCAGAACUGUCAGCUGUCAGAAGAAAAUGCAUUGCUCUUCCAUAUAGGAGAGAUUUUGUGGUCAUGCCUUUACUUCAUUCAUCUAAGUAGAGCUGCAACAAUUACCAACAAAUUAAUCAACAAAUUAAUUGCAAACUAAUUUCACUGUUUUAUUUUUUAUUUCAUUUACUCUGAUCGGUAAUAUGAUGCAUCUUAGAUUUGAAAUGGCAGAACAAUUGACAUUGAUGUGGCGCAAUGUACUGACUUCAAAGGAUCUCGAUAUGUACCAACAGAAUGCCCUCUUCUGUCCAUGCCCUUUUUUUUAUCUCUUCAGUCAAAGGAUGUUUCUUGUUGUGGAAUUUCUUGGUGAGAAAAAGUCUGUUGCUGUGCUGCCACAGUCAUGGUACAAGGAUGGAGUAGCUUACUGGCCAGACUACAAGAAUGAUGACAAAAUCAACAAAGCUGCAAGAUCAGCAGAAAAGCCAGGCGAACACUGGACCAGAUAUGAUGCCAGGGUGUUGACCAGAUGUGGUGAUUAUUUGACAGCCAGGCAG